AUGCCGAGUGAUACCACCACCUACAAGGGCAAGCCCUUUGAGCGCGCUGCCUUUGAGCAGCUCAUGAAGCACAAAUACUUCUAUGCGCCCUCAUUCGAUAUCUACGGUGGCGUUGCUGGUCUGUACGACUAUGGACCGCCCGGCUCUGCCCUCACCGACAACAUUGUCGACAUAUGGCGCGAACACUUUGUGCUCGAGGAGGACAUGCUCAAGGUUGAACCCACCAUCCUCACCACACACGACGUCCUCAAGACCUCGGGCCACGUCGACAAGUUUGCCGACUGGAUGUGCAAAGACCCCAAGACGGGUGAGAUCUUCCGCGCCGACCACUUGGUCGAGGAGGUGCUCGAGGCCAGGCUAAAGGGCGACAAGGAGGCGCGUGGCCAAAAGGUCGAGGUCGAAGAGGAGGAUCCUAAGAAGAAAAAGAAGAAGGUCAAGAACAUUGCAGCCAUCAAGCUUGAGGACUCAAUGGUCAAGGAGAUCGAGGAGGUCCUGGCAAAGAUUGACAACUAUAAUGGCGAGGAGCUGGGUCUUCUCAUGAAGAAGUACGACAUCCGGAACCCUGCCAACAACGGCGAGCUCCUGCCUCCUGUUGCCUUCAACCUCAUGUUCCAGACUUCCAUUGGUCCCUCGUCGAACCUGCCCGCCUAUCUGCGACCAGAGACUGCCCAGGGCCAGUUUGUAAACUUCCAGAAGCUGCUAGACCACAACAUGCAGCAGAUGCCUUUUGCGUCUGCCUCCAUUGGCAAGUCUUUCCGCAACGAGAUUUCGCCUCGCCAAGGUCUCCUGCGUGUACGCGAGUUCCUCAUGGCCGAAAUUGAGCAUUUUGUCGACCCAGAGGGUGGCAAAAAGCACCCACGAUUCAAUGAGGUCAAGGAUGUCGAACUUGAACUGCUCAACCGCGACGUCCAGCUGGCCGGCAAGACCACGGUCGAGACCACAAAGAUUGGCAAGGCAGUUGAGACUGGCCUGGUCGACAACGAGACACUGGGUUACUUCCUGGCUCGCAUCCAGCUCUUCCUCCUCAAGAUUGGUGUCGAUCCUAAGAAAAUCCGCUUCAGGCAACACAUGGCCAAUGAGAUGGCUCAUUACGCAGCCGACUGCUGGGACGCCGAAUUGCUCACAUCGUACGGCUGGAUCGAGUGUGUUGGCUGUGCUGACCGAAGCGCAUACGACCUGUCUGUGCACAUGAAGAAGACUGGUGCGCCCCUGAUUGUCCGUGAGACAAGAAAAGAACCGCUCAAGGUCGAGGAGUGGCAAUGUGACAUUGACAAGAAGAAGUUUGGCCCCAAAUUUAAGAAGGACGGAAAGGCUGUUGAAACAGCCAUUGAGUCCUUGUCGCAAGAUCUGCGCGAAAAGCUGUCUCUGGACUUGGAGAAGGAGGGCAAGAUUGUCAUCGAUGUCCCCGAAGUUGCCGACGGCAAGGUCGAGGUGCCCAAGGAGCUCAUCACAAUCGAGAAGCGCACCCGGGUCGAGACGAUGCGAGAAUACACGCCAAAUGUCAUUGAACCAUCAUUUGGUAUUGGCCGUAUCUUCUAUGCUCUGUGUGAACACGUCUACUGGACUCGCGAGCAGGACGAUGCCCGUGCUGUUCUCUCAUUCCCUCCUGCGGUUGCACCAACAAAGGUGCUCAUUGUGCCGCUCAGCUCAAACCCAGACUUUGAUCCUUUCGUAAAGACACUGAAGGAUAAACUUCGGAAGCUUGGCAUCUCCAACCGAGUUGACGCAUCUGGUGCAUCAAUUGGCAAGCGCUAUGCACGAAACGAUGAGCUUGGUACCCCACUUGGUAUCACCGUUGACUUCCAGUCAAUCAAGGACAACACUUUCACCCUUCGAGACCGUGACACAACUGAGCAGGUUCGCUCGAGUUUAGACGACAUUGCCCAGGCCAUUUCCAACAUCGUAAAGGGCGAGGAGACAUGGUCAGAUGUUGCCAAGCGCCUGCCCAAAUUUGAGGGCCAAGAGGUAGACUGA